GUCGAGAGUUCAUUUCAGUGUUGUCGGUGUCUUUGUCGCUUAUCUGUUACUAUUAUUGUUUUGUAUCAAGGACUGAGCAGCUGGGCGGAGGUGUCAAUGGCCUGAUUACAGCAAGGUUAUCAGCUGGUCUCUGUGGAAGUAGGUCAUCCAUCAACCAGUACAACUCCUGGCCCAGAGUUUACCUCCAGUCACACUGCACCGCGGGCUGACAACAACUAACUAUCAAGUAUGAGGUUGGUGAUUCUAGACAAUACAGCUCAAGUAGCAGAGUGGUCAGCCAAGUAUGUACUCAAGAAGAUCAAGGACUUCAAGCCCGGGCCUGACAAGUAUUUUGUCCUUGGCUUGCCUACAGGAGGAACUCCACUUGGAAUGUAUAAGAAGCUCAUAGAGUUCUACAAAAAUGGCAAAAUAUCCUUCAAAUAUGUUAAAACCUUCAACAUGGAUGAGUAUGUUGGGUUGCCAAGGGACCACCCUGAAAGUUACCAUUUCUACAUGUUUAACAACUUCUUCAAGCACAUUGACAUAGAGCCGAGCAACGUGCACAUCUUGGACGGCAAUGCAACAGAUCUGGCGGCCGAGUGUGCCAGCUUCGAGGCCAAGAUAACUGAGGCCGGCGGAGUGCAUUUGUUCAUUGGGG